AUGGCAAUUCGCAGCGCCUUGAUUAGAUGGCCAGACCCACUUAACAUUCCCUACUCCUUCCCUUGUCGACCUCAGACAGCUAUGACCUCUACACUGUUGGACUUUAACCUCAUGGACACAGGCCAGGAGGACAUUAUUGUGAACCGCUGUGACCUGGACGUGAAAGGAAAAUAUCAACUCAUUCCAUCUAUUAUCUAUGCCAUGUGUUGCCUUUUUGGAGUCAUCUACUGCUUCUUUGGUUAUCGCUGUUUCAAGGCUGUCAUGUUCCUCUGUGGGCUGAUGUUUGGCUCCAUCAUCAUUUUCCUACUGUGUUACAAGGAGCGGGUUCUGGACAUUCAGCUGAGUGUGGAGGCCAGUGCUGGUAUUGGUCUUGGCAUCGGAAUCCUGUGCGGACUGGUCACCAUGCUUGUCCGUAGUGUUGGGCUCUUCAUGAUUGGCCUCGUCCUUGGCCUGCUAGUAGCAACUGUCACCCUCAUUGUGAUGGAGCAGUUCUACCACCCGCAUACCAUCUGGGUGCCAGUGGGCCUUCUCAUUGGUGUCGGCAUGCUGUUUGCUGUCUUAACUUUACAGUGGCAAAAGCUCUUCACCAUUAUCUCCACUGCAGUUUUUGGUGGCGCCAUCAUUACACUGACUGUGGACUACUUCAUCGAGCUGUUUUCGUUGGCAAUAUAUGUCUAUGAGAGGCUCAAGAUUGCUCCUUCAUUGCCCAUUUGUUGGUACAGUUGGGUGAUCCUUGCCAUCUGGCCAGUGCUGAGUAUACUGGGCAUUCUGGUCCAAUGGAAGCUGACAGCUGAAGGCUAUUCACACACUGAAGUCAUUAUCAGUAAACGACAAAAACGAGUGCAGUUGAUGAGAAUACGACAGCAAGAAGCAAAGAAACGACAAAGGGCGUCUCAGGCGGAGGGCACAUAUCGCAGGAAGCCAUACCCAGUCAAACGGUACACCGGAGACAUCCUUUCACCGAGCUACAUUCAGAGUAUCCGAGAUCGGCAGACAGCGACAUCCAUGAGCAGUCUGAACACAAACAUUCACACCGUUGUGGAUCUGGAUUACGACUGUGGUUCUACUGUCCCACUCACAGCCACAACCCCUGUAGUCACAGCAUGAGCU